UUACAUGAUGAUAUCCUGAAGGCACCACCAACAACGCAGAGGAGUGCCAUUACUGAUGGGGACGAACUGUGGACAUCUCCAGUCCCAUACGUUUUGGACAAAGACCUUGAGAUGAAUGCUAAAGGACUCACCCUGAAAGCCUUUGACCAGUUCAGGUUGAAGUCAUGUAUUGACUUCAAACCAAGGGACUCUGAGGAGUAUUACAUCCACGUCCAGAAGUUAAAUGGAUGUUAUUCAUAUAUUGGGAAAGUAAUAUCCAACGGACAGAACAUCUCCAUCGGGUCUAACUGUGAUUCCAUCUCAAUCGUUGAACAUGAGUUCCUCCAUGCUUUGGGCUUCUACCAUGAACAGUCCAGAUAUGACAGAGAUGAUUAUGUGACCAUUGUUAACGAGAACAUCAGAGAAGUAUGUCUUUAUCUAGGCCGUGAGCAUAAUUUUGACAAACAAAGCAAUGAAACCACCACCACCCAGGGAGUCCCGUACGACUACUGGUCAGUGAUGCACUACGGCAAAGAUGCUUUCAGCAAUGGCAACGGGUCAACAAUUAUAAUCAAAGACCCAAAGUUCCAGGAUGUGAUUGGUCAAAGACUGGAAGUGAGUCCCAAAGACGCUCUGGAGCUGAACCUCCUCUACAAAUGCAAGUCAACCAUUGCAUUUCAGAUGCAAUGCAGCUUCCCCGAUGAGACCAUGUGUCAAAUGACAAGCUGUUCACAGAGUGGGCUUGGCUGGGAAAUGGUAACAAAUGUUACAGGGGGUCCUGUGUCUGACCACACCAAUCUACCCAGUGGCAGUGGUGAACAAGGUGAAGAUGCAGGUUACUUCAUGCAUGUUAGCACGGCAUCAGGUGAGGAGGGAGACUCGGCCUGGCUGGAGACCCACAGGAUGAGUCUCAAUAGGGAGCAUCAUGUCCAGUGUCUCCAGUUCUACUAUUUCCACAGUGGGAACAUGUCAGACCACCUCAACAUCUGGAUCAGAGAGUUUCAGGAUGAAUUGGACCUCAAGGGAACCCUACGCCUCAUGGGACAGAUCACUGGUGAGCCAACAAACUGGAAGCUCCAUCAUGUGUCCCUGAAUGCCACCAAGCACUUCCAGGUGGAGUUUGAGGUUCGUAAAGGAGCAGGAAGCUCUACAGGCGGCAUCUCAAUCGAUGACAUCAAUCUGUCAGAGAUCGAAUGUCCACAUUUAACCAUGCAGCUUGAUGACUUUGAGCAGGCUUUGAACUCUAGUAGUUUUGGCACCCGUAUUUACAGCCCUCGGCAAUACUCCAGCGGGGGAUAUGCUUAUAGGGUUGGGGUUUUGUUGUAUAAUUCAUUUUUCGGAUUGUUUGUGCAACUCGUGUCUGGUGAAAAUGAUGACCGGCUGGAGUGGCCUUGCACAGAAAGGCAGGUGACCCUCAAAAUGCUGGACCAGAACGCCAACAUCCAGCUGCAGAUGUCCAAGCAAUUUAGUAUCACCAGUGACCUAAGCACAUCCUCCAAUGGCAGCGUGUGGGACAAUCCUCGUCUGGUUGGAUUGCCUUACGUAGAUGACAAUGGUGAAACCAUCUUUGCCGGAUCUAUGUAUGGCAGAUCUACUUUCUCCGAUAAAAAUGAAUCAAAAACCAGGGAGUUCCUCAAGGGGGGAAGUGUCAUUUUCACCUUUAGCUUCCAAGAUAUCACUGCUCUCAUCAAUGGAAGUGCUCUGCCAAUUCCUCAAGUUGGACAAGUGAAUAUUAAAUAUCCUCCUAAAGAGCUGAAAGAAGGCCCUUGUUCAUCACGGUAG